AUGAUGUUUUAUUAAAUAUGGAUGGAUUUAAAGGAAUCUAUGAAUACUUCAUAUUACACUAGUUUUAUUUAUCUCUCAAUUGGAGCAAUACUAAAUACUUCUCCUCUUUUAGAAAUGUAUUACCUAUUUAUUAAAAAUAGAUAUCUAAAAAUUGCUGAUAAUGAUAAUUAUGAUCAAAAUUAGCUAUACUUAAUAUUAGGCUCCUUGAAUGUAAGUAAAUAUAUGUUAAACUCUUCCAUACUACAUUCAAUAUACAUUGUAAUAAUAUUUUGUUUUAAUACAUUCAUCAUCAUUUUGUUUAUGAUUUUAUAUUAUUUGAAGAAAUAUAAUGUUUAGACCAACAUUGCUUUUACUGUUUAUGGCCAAGUAAAUUAAUGAUAAAAUAUUUACAUAGAUUAUUGGAUAUUUAAUAUAACCAUAUUUUUGGUCAAUCAAUGGAUUUUUAUUAUAAAUCUAAAAUACAUAUUGGGAAUAAAUUCAAAAUUUAGCUUUUAUAUUAUUAGAUUUCAUUGCAAUUGUUUAAUAAUUAUUGUUCUUAAUAACCCUUAUACUCUUUCUACAUUAUGAUCAUUCUUAGAAAAAAAACUUUUUAAAAAUAAAUUCACCCAAAACGCUCAUAUUUUAUAUUAUAACUAUAUUUUUUAAUAGUUUUUUAGAAUUAUUUAUAAAUUCAAGUGAUCAAUUGAAUGUAAAUAUCUAUAUUAUUAAAGAUAGCAUUUCCAAUAGUAUUAGUGAUCUUGUAUUUACUACUUUUUACUUAAAUACAUUUAGACUUACCUGUUUUUUAAAAUAAAUAAAUAAACAAUUAUUUUUAAAUUAUUAUAUGUAUACAAUUUGCACUUGCUUUAAAUUUGUUAGUAUCAUAUUUUAUAAACUUUUUUGAGGAUCGUUAUUGUUUAUAAGUAAUUUUAACAUUUAUACUUUUGAUUUAAUUAAAUUCAAAAAUUAGAUAAUAUUUAAUAUUCAGGUCUAUCAAUAAUUAUAGUGUUACAAGAAUCAUUGAUUAAAAAACUAUAGAAUAUUUAAAAUAAAAUUCUGAAUAUCUAUUAUUAUUAAGAGGUAUUGUUCAAAUGCAUUAAUCUUUAUGUUCAAAUAUAAAUUGUUUUUAUCGUUCCAAAUUUAUAUAUAAAAUAAGUUCCAAGGGAAAUAAGAAAAUAUUGAUAAAUAGAGAUUCAAUUUAUGAUAAUAUUGGUAGAAUUUCAAAUUUCUUCUUAAAAUGUUCUUAUGAAACUAUGUAACAAAAAAGUUAGGAUUAAAGUAUUAGUAUCCAAUUAAUUGAGCUAUUAUGUUAUAAAUUAAAAUUAUAUUCAGUAAGUUUAACUUAAAUAGAUAAAUUAAAUGAAGAUAAGCUAAAUCUAUUUUAACAAAUAAACAUAAUGAAUAUUAAAUUAAUAAUCUCAAGAUUAAUAAAAUAAAAAAAUGAAUAAGCUUAUAAAUCUAAAUUACCAUUUGAUCAUUUACUUUAAUGUGAAUCAUAUAUUAAAGAAACAGUAUAAAUAAUAAUUAAUAUUUUUGGAUACUAAUAAUAGUUUUGGAAUUACUUAUUAAAUGAAGAAAUUAGAUUAAUUGAUGAACUAAUUAUUUUAUAAAAAAUAAGUAGACUAAUUAAAAAGUUUUAAGAAUUAUAGAAAUAAAUUUUAAAUUUGCAUUAUAAAUAAAAGGUACCCAUUAGAAAUAGAUAAUGGUUUAAUUACUUUUUCUUUAAAUUAUUUAUUUUAAAUAAAAAAUUAAAAUUGUAAGACUUAGAAAUUUUACCAGAUUUUUAACUUAAUUUAGAUUAAAUUUUAAAAGAUGAAUAUAUUGAUGAAAAGUCUUCUGAUGAGGAACCAAUUAAUUACUAUUAAUAAAAGUUUUUAAUAUCUGGUAAUACAUUUAUAAUAUAAAUUAAUUAAUCUUGCAUUGUUAAGAAUUGUACAAAUAAUACAUUUUAAAUAUUAAAUUACAAUAAAUAAUCUUUAGUUAAUAGUUCAGCUGUAAUUUUAAUGCCUUAAAUGUUUAAACAAUGUCAUUAUUAAUUUAUAAAUUAUUUUUAAUAAACUGGAUAAUCUUAUAAUUUAUAUAAAAGAAAGAAAGCAUUUUGUAUCCAUGAUUAAGGUUAUAUAAUAACUGUCUACAAAUAUUUAAAAUAUAUUUAUAAUUAUACUUCAAAUUAAAUUGAAUAUAUAGCCAUGUUUAGAUAGAUUCAAACAAAAUAAUAGUAUCUACUAUUGAAUGAAGAUUGGGAAAUAGACUCAUGUACAUAAUUCCUUUAAGAUAUUAUAGGAAUAAAAUCAUUAAGUUUAUUCAUAUUGGCUCCAAAAACUAUUGUUUUUUCAGAAUAUGAAAAGUUUUUAACAAAAGAGAAUAAAGAAUUUUUUAGUUUAAAUGCUCCAAAUUAAGAUUAAAACUUAUCUCAAUUAUUUUAUACAUAGCCAUCUAUGAUUAGAGGUUCUUUUAGUUCAAGUAAUGGAUAGAAUUCUAAUUUAUUAAAAUAAGAUGAAAUUUAAAGAAGUUAUCAAAACUUUUUAAAUUUUGAUGAUGUUAUUAAUAUUAAAGAUCAAUAAAAGUCAAAAAUUAAAUAAGUUUUAUUUAAUUUAAGAGUACCAAAAUAAAAAUAUGAAUUGGUUUAAGAAUUUUAAACAAAAUUAUCAGAAUUAUAUAAAUAAGCAUUAUAUACAGAAUUAUUUAAAAGAUAAUUAAUUGUGAAAAAUUAAUUUGGUAAAUAUUAAAUAGUUAAAAGUGAAUUUAUAAGAAGAUGUAAAAUUUAUUAAGAAAUUAUUAGAAAAGAGAAAUUUAAAAUAAUAAGUAUUUUAUAUACUUAAAAUUAGAGGAACUAUUUUAAAAAUAUACAUAAUCUGAAGAAUGUAUUGAUAAAAUAUUAAGAAUUGAAGGUACAUUAAAAUUAGAGAAGACAUUACAUUCUGUCAAAUAUAUUCUAAUUAAAAUAGUUAGAACAGAGUUGAUUAAGGAAAAUCAAAAAUCAUAUUAAUAGAAUUGUGGUGUUACUUUAUCAUUCUAAACUCCAUUAUGUUAAUUAAUAUCUUCAGUAAAAUAUUGAAUAUAUAUCUUUAGUAAUAAUCAAAAAGAUCAACCAAUACACAAUUAAGUCCAAGACGUUAAUAUGUUUAGACUUAUGGUAUUUUUUAUAAUUAUUCUUUUUAAGAUUAAUUUGAUUUAUAUUCAAAUAGAGAAUCAAUAGGAAAAGUAUUAUUACCUGAAUUAUAAGUUAAUUAAGAUUUUGAUUAAAAUGAUCAGAAUAAAAACAUUAAUUUUAUCACUUGUAAUAGUGAUCUUUUAAAGGAGGAUACAAAUAAAAUAGAAAAAUAUAAUCCAUAAAUUGUUUAAUAUGAAUUUAUUAGUAGGUUAAUAUUUAUAUUGCAAAUUUUGAUUGUAUUUUUAAGUUUCUUCUUUACUUCAUUUAUUUAUAACUAAAAUACAAUAGUAUAAUCAGUAAAAUAAUAAUUAAUAUUUAGGUAAAUUUAGUGGAUUAUCUAUAUGAAUAUCAAAUAAUUGUAGCAGAAUCUUAUAAUGCUUAAAUAGAUAUAGAAUUAUUUAAUAGAAAUUAUACUUACUAAGAUUUAACAAAAGGAGAUUCAAUUGGAUUUGAAUCAGAUGAAUAAUUUUAUGAAUAUCAAUAAAAUGUAACAUAAAAAUGUGGAGAUUAUAUGUAUUUUGUUUUUUUGGAACCGAAAUUUUUGAAAAUGCUUUAUGAAAAUUUUUAUAGUAAUUCUAAUGAAAGUGGAUUAGAUAUUUAAACAGUUUAUUAAGUUAAUGUAUAUCUUUUAAAUAUGCUAUCAUCUUAAAAAUUUAAAGAAGAUUUUGGAAUAUCAGAAACAUUUCGUAAAUAUAUGGUAUCUAUUAUAUUUAAAUGAAAUAGCUUCCACAAUUUUAAUAAAUUUAAGCUAAUUCAAUGGAUUAUCUAUUCAAUUAAGGAUUAGGAUUCUAAGAAAUUUCUAAUUCAAAUUUCAUACUAUUUCUUAUAUUAUAGACAAUUCUUUAAAUAUCAAAUUUGUUAUAUCUAAUUAGAUUUCAAUUUUAAAUAUAGAAACAAUAUAAUGUAUAAUUUAUUAAAAUUUCUAAAGGUUUUAUUUAAAGUUUAAGCAAUGAUACCUUAUAGAGAGAAGGUUGCAAUCAUAGAAAAAAUCAGCACUUCUAUAAAUCAGUUUUAUUAUGUAACAAAUAAUGAAUGUAAAUUAUUAUUAUAAAUAAUUUUAUAGAUGGAGAUUUAGAAUAAUUCAGCCCAAGAAACAAAUCAUAUCAUUCAAGAUAAACAACAUUAAGAAGGAAAAGUAGUAGUAGAUAUGGUAAUGAGAAAAGUAUUUUGGAUAUAGAAAAAAAACAUAAAGAGAAAUCAGAUAAUAAAUCAAUAAUUAAAUUUUAGUAGCUUUCAUUAUAAUAUAGUUUGAAAGUAAAGUGUUUUUAUAUUUGUGUAGAAAAUAGUUGUUAAAAUAAUAUUAAAUCUACUUUUAAUAACUUUAAUUAGUAUUGCUGGAGUUAUUACAAUUUAUUAUACUUUAAAAAAUAUAGAGUUAUUUAAUAAGAAUUAAUUUAUGUUUAAUACUUAAAAUGCUUGGGUUUUACCUGCUAUUAAAGAAAUAUUUACUAGCUAAAAAUAAGUAGAUUAUAAUUUUAAUGAUAAAAAUGCUUAAAUAAUUCUUUAAUUCUAUUUUGAAUAAAUAUCAUCAGAAUAUCCAGUAUUCUAUGAAUCUAAUAUUGAUGAAAUAUAUUAUUUAUUUGAUAAUAAUAUUUGCAAUAGAGAUAGUAUAUAUAUAUAAUAUUCUUUUUAAGAUGAUAUAAAACUUGAAAAAUGUGAACUUCUUAUUAAUGGAGCAUUAACUAGAGGAAUUAGAGAAUAUGAUUAUUUAUUAUCUAAAUUAGUUUAAAAAGUGUUAAAUCCAAAUGAUGAAAGAUACGAAAAUAUUACAUAUUCAACAAUAUACUAAUUUAAUAAAGUAUUUUUUUUGAUAUAAUUUAGCUAUAUUAUUUCGUUUUUGAUUAUUACACAUUCGCAAAGGACAUUUGGGUUAAAAUCUCGAUUGAAACACUUGAAAAGCAUGAUUAAGUUAGUCUAAUAUUAUUGUAAUUAUAUUAAAUUAAUAUAGAAUAACUGAUAUUAUAGGAAUAUGCCUUUAUUUUAUAAUAUUUAAUGA